AUGAUUCCAUCAAUUCCUUUACUCGAAACCCUUGAAAUCACAUUAACUAGUACGGGCGUAGCUGAACUAGCAUUCAACAGACCCAAUCGAUAUAAUGCAUUAUCACCUUUAGCUUACAGAGAUUGGUUAUCAGCCAUUCAAUGGGCUGCAAAGUGUGAUGCUGUAAAGGUAGUCGUGUUGACAGGUCGAGGAAAAUAUUAUACCUCAGGACAAGAAUUACAAGAACCUGACUUUAGUGCGGCUGGCAUUGAGGCUCAGAAGAAACGACGUCAGGUUACAAAAACACUGGUAGAUGAAUUGAUCAAUUUCCCAAAGCUAUUAAUUGCUGGUGUCAAUGGUAAUGCGAUAGGCUUCGGUGUAACAACAUUGGCAUUAUGUGAUGUUGUGUAUUCAGUACCUGGAGCAACGUUUAACACACCUUUUAUGAAACUGGCCUUUUGUGCCGAAGGAUGCUCUUCCAUCUUAUUUCCAAGGAUUAUGGGACCUUCCAAGGCGAAUGAAAUGCUGUUGAUGGGCCGUACUUUUACUGCUGAGGAACUCGUGGGCUGUGGAUUCGUCAGUCGUCUCUUACCUCUCGACAACUUCCGUGAACAAAUUCUUAAUAUUGCUGAAGAGGCAGCAAAAUUCAGUGCGACGGCUAUAGGAGUAUCCAAAAAGCUUAUUCGAGAUGUCGAUCGUGAAUUACUGCUUAAAGUUAAUGCAGUAGAAAUGGAGCAGCUGACGAAGCAAAUGGCUAGUGAAGAAUCGAUUACAAGUUUGAAACGGUUUGUAGAGGAAGCAAAGAAAAAGAAGGCACUUAGGCAAAAUAAAAGCAGCAAAAUCUAA